AGAAAAAGAGAGAGAAAUGGGCGCAGAAAUGCAGGAUUUUAUGAGGGAAGCUUACGAGGGCGAUGAAAUUGAUUUGGACUACGAGUUCGAUGCGCCUAAGUUCUACGAUUUCACUCAGCCCGAUUCCGAUUUGGAGGCCACGGAAGCCGAAGACUGGUUCCGAUUCGCCGGAAGUUAUCCGCCUUCGCCUUUCAUUAUAAAAUUGUUGAUGAAUUGGCAAAAAGACAUUCCUGUGGAACCUGUAAAAGUCUCUGCUGAAUCCAAAGAUGUUGAAGGCAUUAGAGACAGUGAUUCAAAUAAUUGCAUGGAAGCUGAGGUCUCUGCAGCAGUAGAUGAGAAUAACAGAGUAUUCAAAGGUGACACUGUAUCAUCAUGUCCUACCAAAGAUUGGUUUGGGAAGAAGCUUGAGAAAGCUGAUGAUAAUUCACAGAAAUCUCCUUCUAGUGAUACCCGUUGUACUAAAAGACAGAAGUUGGAGGCUGGCUAUUUACGCAAGGUUGCUGAACUUAAGCAUCAACCUUUUUGGUUGCACAAGGUGCCAAUAAAGGGACCUAAAGUAACCAUUCCUAGAGAACCGAAUUUGGAAACGGCACAUAGAGCACAAAGACGUAUAAGGUUAAUGUCAAACCAGGAGAACAAGCAAAAGCAAAUUCUCAAGGCUCCUCCAUUGCCUACCCCUAAAAAGAGCACAGUACCAGCAACAGAGUUUCAGGUGUUUAACCUCAGGACAUCGGCAAGAGCUUAUGCAAUGCAACAGACAUUUAAUAACGUGACAAAUGCACCUAAUUCUAAUGAAAAUACAGAGAUUAAAGGGCCAACCUUUGGCUAUGCCUUAACACAAGAGAAAAGUGGAACGGCUUACAAAUGCACAGCUUGCUCUAUUAAAAAGAAGGAAUUCAAGUUUGCAAUUGACAAGAGGUUUCUAAAGGAGCCACCAACAGAUUUAUUUAGUAAGCUCUCCCUUGCAUCUGAAGCCCAGAACAACGCAAAACCUCAGUCCAAAAGUGCCUUUGCCUGCUAAGGUUUUAACCUCUUCCAAAACGUCGUCUGUAAAGCCAAAAAGAAAACAGAUUAAGCUCCUUUCAUCGACAACUCUGAGGUACAAUAUCAGCCUUUCACAAUGUUCCUAAUCGAGAAUAGUUUCUGGCUCAUUAAAUUUUCCGAAGAAGCACAAGACUAGCCAAGUUUUAGAUAGAUCAAAAUCAUAUAUCUGACUUAAUUGAAUGCUUCUUUCUACACACCGCUCAUAGACCAUCAAAUUGUUGAAGAUGGCAAAUGUGGUCAAAGAAGCAUCAUUUUGGCAAUGAUUUGAGGUUGGGUAUUCAAAUUUUCUGCUGUUAUGUUG